GUUAGAAUUAAUGAAACAAACUAUUUGUAUCUCAUGUAAAUCAAAAUGGAAUGGUGAUAUGUCUGUUGCGAAAAGGGAAGGUACUGUUUAUAUUGUCUUGUUUCUCGUAAAACUUAAUAAUUACAUAUAUAUUUUAGGAUUAUACUGUCCUCUGGUGUUUACAUGUCACUGCUCGAACGAAAUUAAGAUCAAUACAUCUAAACAAUGUCCAAAAACUUCUAAACUAGAUAUUAAUAUUCGAAGCGCAAUUGGGAAGCUUAUUCUUAGUAAUAUAGUAACGCAGAAAUUAAUCUGUUAUUUAGGUGCAAAUUUUACCCGAAUAGGUCAUCAAGAUCUUCUAAAACUUUGUGGUGUUUUGAAUGUACCACCUCCUAUUGAUGAUGAUCAUUUUUCUCGUACAAUUACACAUAUACUUCCGGUAUUUGAAUCACACAAGCUCAAUUCAAUGAAAAAUGCUUUAGAAGAAGCACGUAGUGAAUCAAAUAAACGUAAAUUUACCGUAAGCGGAUAUGGAACCUGGCAAAAACGCGGCUUUUCUAGUUUACAUGGAAUUGUUGAAAUAAUGUCAACCGGUUCCAGUGCAAAAGUGUUGGAUUUGGAGAGAUUAUCAAAAAGUUGUUCAAUUUUUACAGGUGCACUUAGUAGCAAACAUUCAAAUCCAACAAAAUAUGAAGAAAUUAAAAAUAAACAUAAAUGUUCUAUGGAAGCAGAAGGAAUAUAUCGUUUAUUUUCACGAUCUGAGAGAAUGUACAACGUUUAA